AUGUUGAUUGAUCAUGCAUAUCCAGAUAUUGAACGUGAUUUGAACAGUGAUUUGUUAGUUCUUUCACACAUGAACAAUGAUUCUCUCAAGCAACUUGCAAGAUAUCAUCCAAACCAUCCCGAACCGAAGAAAGUAGCUGAAUUUUUUGGAUUUAUCAAGGAUGCGAAUUAUGUUGAUCCUGAUCCAGUCAAUCACCAAAACUGGAGGAAUGAAGAGGAAAUGAAGGAGGCCGCUUAUGCUGAUGAGCUAAAGUCUCUUACAGAAUUUAAAAAUACACGAAGUGACUGGUUUAUGAAAGAACCGAGAAAGAGAAGCAAAAAGGUCACCCCUCAAACACAGGAGGGUGAGGAGUCAUCGUCACAGCCAAAGAAGAAACAAAAGAAAGUGGCAAAGACUUUGUUGAUUGAUGAGCCUGAGGGUGAAGAACCAGGUGUAAAUGUUGAAGAAGAUCUGUAUGCUGAUAUUGAUGAUGUGAUGAUAAACAUUGAUGAUUUAGAGUCAGAGCAAGCAGCUAACAUUGAAGUUGAUAAAGAAAAAGUUAUUGAUGAUGUAGAAGGUGAUGAUGUUGAUAAAAGUACUACAAGUUCUUCGAGUUCUUCGGAAGAUGAGAUAGAUGAAACUGAACGUUUAAAAAGAAUUCAAGAAGCGACAGAGAAAGAGAAACAGUUGAGAAAGAGGAAGAGAAAGAAAGCAGGAGCAAGGAAAAGGAUUGUGUCUCUGAAGAUAAAGAAAGUUACUCCGAAGAUCACAAAGCCUAAGAUUAUUCUGAAUAAGAAAUCGUCCAAAGAACCAAGUAAACCACCAACACCACCACCUGAACCUACACCACAUCAAUCACAAAUACAAUCACCACCACAUCAAACACCUCCACAACAACCAACACCUCAAAGACAACCUUCACCACCAAAACAACCAACACCACCUAGACAACCUUCACCAUUACAACUUUCACCGUUACAUCUCUCACCACCUCAUGAACAACCUUUUCUUACAUCCCAAGAAAUCUUCAAAACACCACCACCCACUCAAUUCCAAAUUCAACUAACUCAUGGUUCUUCUGGACACAAGACGUUUCCAACUGUUCCAGGAAGUCUUGAAGAUAUUGGAGAUUUCGGAUUUGCGAAUGAUGAACAAGUGAAAAAGUUAGAGAAGAAAAUGGAUGAUGUUGUAAAUUAA